UAGCUAAACGAAUCUAACUGUAUAUUCAAACAGUCUGGGCUUAAAAAUAAUGGCAGCUGCACCUGCACAAAUUCCUACAAGCUUUGGGCAUGAGUUGAGGGCUUGUCUUCGUUGCCGCCUUGUCAAAACCUAUGAUCAGUUCAGAGAGUCAGGCUGUGAGAACUGCCCAUUCUUUAAAAUGGAAGAAGAUCACGAACGUGUUGUUGAUUGCACUACCCCCAAUUUUAAUGGGAUCAUUUCAGUUAUGGAUCCUACCCGGAGUUGGGCUGCCCGUUGGUUGCGCAUUGUUUGUUCCUGGUGUUUAUACUCUUGCUGUCUCAGAGGCUCUUCCAGAAGAGAUGCAGGUUCAUAUUUUUCAAUUAGUGUGAUAUAGAUUUCAGAAUAUAUUAUUACUAAGUUGCUAAAGAAUGAUUCAUAGCUAUUUCUUUUCUAGUACAUGAUUUGACAGCUGACAAAUAAUCAUUUGGUCAAUGUAUCCACCCACAUUAUUUGACUGGUCACUAUACUUUGCUCCUUUUUAGGAAGUUGUGACAUUUUUCUGCUAAUUAUAUGACCACAAUUACCAAAAUAAUAAUAAAAGUGAUGUAGACCUGUUGCUGUUUUAGUUGUAGAAUCCAUUUGAACAAG